GAGCACUCCACUUCCGCUCUUUGUUAACAGUCCUCCUUCCAAGUUUUAAGGGAAGGAACGGUGUGAGGGGAGUUCUAGGAGUGACACAGUUUGAAGUCCUGGGAGGUGUAAGCAGCUCAAAGGAACACACGAUGAUAGCUGCCGUUUUGCUUCUUUGCGGAACGAUUGGAUUGGUGCAGUCAGACACUGCGCACCUAAGACAUCUGCGCCACGGGACUCCGGAGCACAGAUUGCCAACAAACUCAUGGCAUGAGCACCACAGGCCAAGAGAGUUUCUCCACGCGGAGACCUGGGACCAAGCUUCCACCCCUCCAACGUCACGCCAGGGAGAGGCAGAUGAUUAUGAAGCGGUCACCCAACAGUUCAGACAAGAAAACUGGUGCUCUUACACGCAGUCCCGGCUGGUGACAUAUGUCGGUGUUUGCACUACAGAGAAAUACGUAAUCAAAUCGCAGCAACCGUGUCCACAUGGGACUCCGGACUGCCAGAAGAUCAUGUAUAGAACAGCUGUAAGGCCAAUCUAUCAGAUAAAGCAAAAAGUACAAAGCUCGGUGCAUUGGAAGUGUUGCCCAGGAUACACUGGCAAGAACUGUGAACACUACGACCCUAAUUUCUUUCCAGCGCCUACCACUAAGCCAGGAGGCUGGGAAGCAGCAAAAGAAGCAUUCUCGAGCCAAACAGUCACAACACUGGAAUCCCAAGACCUCCUGGAAGCUCACCAGAGCCACGAAGCACAGCUGGAGGAUCUGCAGAACGAUAUCCACCAGGCAACGAGCAACUUGGGCAUCUUGCAGAAGGCAUUUCACUACAACAUCAGUCGCCCACGAGUUGAAGCGAGUCGCAACCAAACAGGAGCACAGGAACAAUUCCUCCAGCAAAUAGUUGCUUCCCACGUAGAGAGUUUCUUAAAGGAACAUUUCAACCCGGUCUGGUCCAGCUUCAAUAAAAGUCUACAGGAUCUUUCCAUUAUGUUGAAAAAUCUCUCACAGGAUGUUGAGGCCAAUCGGAAAAGCAUUGAGAAAUUCCAAGAAAGCACUGUGCCAAAGAAAGAUUUCCAAGAACUUGGAACUAAGUUUGAAUCCAAAAUUCAGGAAAACGUAUGGCGAGUGGACCAGAUGAAGAGAGACAUAGACGCUCAUUUACACUUGCAACGGACAGCGAUGCAUUACAAUCUUACCAUGAUCAAAGCAGACACGGACACGAAGCUGAAGAGAUACCACAAGAUACAACACUCUUCCUUGUUAGCCUUAAACAACAGCCUGGCAGACAUGAGACAAGAACAAGACUAUCUUCGUAAUGACCUGGAGACCCUGAACAGAAACUUGGCCGGAUUCCCAGCGCAACACAGCAACCAGAAUGAGGAGACCACCCAGACUGGCGUUCAGAUACUAAACCAGACCCUAGCAGGGCAUACACAACAGCUAAAGGAGCUCUAUGAAGAAACUGAUGAGUUCUACGAUGAUAUGAACAAGUUACAGGUUUCCAUGAAUGCGUUCAAAGCCAGUUCAAAGAGCGAAAUGGAAGAGCUUAGAGUGGCCUUGAUCGAGAAAAGUCUCAUUAUCGAGGAAUACAAGGAAGACUUGGAAAGGAAGAUCCUGGCCCUCAACGAUAGUCUGGAAAACAUCAGAGAGAGCCACUUGGAUCUAGAGAGGUCUACGAGAGCAUGCCAUUGCAUAAAGCUACCUUCAGACCUUGACAGUGAAGAGCACGCGAACGCCACCCGCGCAAUCAGAGAGGAAAUGAAGCAAUUUGAGGCACGUCUAAAAGCUCUCAAAAAUGAAAUCGACGAUCUCGCGACUGCUUUCCGCCUUUUUCAUCAACCUCUCGAUUUCCAGCAAAAACUAAGCCGAGAGCUGGAAGGUGAAGUCUCUCUUCUUAAGGCCCAGACUGAAGCUCUGUCUGAGGAUAUCGGUGUCCUGAGGAAAACGGACGAGAGGGUGCACUGGCAAGUCAAGUAUCUCAACAGCUCUUUCAACUCUUUGUUGGUCGAUGCCAUGAGACAUGAAACAGCACUAGAGGCCUUGCUUGGAGAAGAAAUUAUGGAACGUUUGACCGAAGAAGAUCCUAGCUCCUUAAUAUCCUCUCUAGAUCAACUUCAGGAGGUUUUCAGACUAAUUUUGGACAACCUUGAGAAAGAGAAUAUCACCAUGGAAUCCCUUAUGAAGAAAAUGCACUCUUUAGAGAUGGCUCGAGGGACCAUCCCCAAUGACUAUAAACUUCAUAUGCAUCCCACCCCUGAAAAACAAAUAGAGAACACAGUGAAAGAAGACAGUGUUCAACAUGGCAGUGUGGAACAUAUGGAGCCAAACCAUGAAGCUGCCAUGGAGGACAUCCCGGAUAAUCCGGCAUACCAUGACAUCAUGAUCCUAAAGAAGGAGAUUGGACACCUUAGCAGGGAAAUGAAGAAAUAUGAAUUCCAAAGGGAUCGGGCCAAUCCUUGCUGUAAUCACACUGUGGUCAACAUGGUGGAUCCACUCAAUGUUUCAUUGGAGAACUUGAGGGAAGAACUAGAAUUGACCAAGAAAACCUUUGAUGAGCAUCUGCAGAUAUUCCAAAAGCUGUUUGGAAGUAACCAAGAGUUAGCUUCCACUAACGUAAGUUUGGAUGUGGCAAAGAUUCAGUCGAUGAUGGGCAGACAAAUGAGAAAGCAGCUUAAAGUUCAGGAGCGGCAAAAAACGAGGGACAGGAAUGAAGCCAACCACCACGGAGAAGGAACUUUGAAUGGAAGAAACAAGAUACAGACAGAGAGCUUGGAGACAGACUCACCAGUGGCAUUUUAUGUGAAGUACCCAGAAGGAAGAGAAGGACUGAGCCUCAACAGAACGUAUCUCAAUUACGGAGACGGGUAUUUUCCCGAACACGGCUACUUCAAGUCUCCUCUCAGUGGUGUUUACAUGGUUGCCGUCAGCAUGGAAUUUAGCCCAGGAACUGCCCAGCUGGUUUUUAGCAACGGGCACAGAAUGACAGUCACGGGCAGCAAGAAGAAAAAGGGCUACGGAGGAGGCACCAUGACCGCUUUUGCAUUAGUGGAGCUCAAAAAGGAAGAGCACAUGUGGUUUGAGCUGCUGCAGGGCUCCACGGUGACACGGAACCCAGCCGGGAUGAGCAUGGUUGGAUUUCUGAUAUUCAAAACUUGAAAAAGGGCCACUAAGGUAAUAAACAUGAUUUUCCCCAUAAGCCAUACACUA